GGCAGUCGCAUUCGAGACGUUAGAUCGUGCGCGUGUGGUCAACGACGAUCGUGACGAGCGAGUGAUCGCGACGAGCAUCGAAAACAAGCAAGGAUCGUAUCGCGCGUCGUCACUUUAGUGUUGAUAACGAUUUCGCGCUUGUGCAAGAAUUAGAAAGAGAAGAAAAAAACAUCGCUUGUUUUGAUAACAUGUGUCCUGUUUUGUGUGGAGUUAUUCAAAUAUUGAUGAUUCGGUUGGCUUAAAUUUCAAUCGGAAUAAAUUUCGCCCCGUCGUCGCUGUUUUUCGUUGUUUACAGCUGUGAAGUGAGUUGGAAUUGCGCGUUUUUAUUUAUUCUCAAAGUCGGUCUCCAGUUCAAGUUGGGUAAAUAAAUUUUGGAUGGCUCCGGUCGGUGAUAGUUUUUGCCGUAGUGUUAUAAAUAUAGACGAGUAAUAUCGGUGCAAGCUCGGUUUAUAUUUGUGCUUCGUUCUCCGCAGUGUUGGAAAGAAACAAACGAAAAAAAAAAACGCCAGCGAAAAAUAGCAUCCAAAUUGGCAAAAUCGCGGCCCCCUCCGCGAUGUGAAGGCCACUAUCGAAGUGCUAUUUGUUUGCAUGGUUGGGGAAGUCGUGUGUUAUAAAUAUUAUCAAAGCAAAUGUCCAAAUAUUGAGAUAGUGAUAGCAGCAGAGAGCGGAGUGUUGCGGUGCGAAAUUAUGCGCGAGCGUGCAUUUGCAUACAUCCACCGAUUAAAUUUCGAUUUUCGGAGGCAUUUUUCGUGGAACCUGCCGCUCACCCCCACAAUCGCGAGAAACGAGGGGAAGGGGUGCGAAAAACAUAAUUAAAAUAUUGCACCUCGCGACAGCGGAAACGCGUCAAACGAGCUGUAUGAACGGCAAACGGAACAGCCGGCUGAACCCAAAACGCUUCAGCAUGACGCAAAGCUGUCUUCCGAGUGAGAUGUGCUCCCGUGAAUGGUGAGUUUGUUUUCGUUUGGAUGAUAUUCUGCAGUCCGCAUUCGAAUGGUAUCGAUUUACAUCAUCCCAAGACUGACCUCACCCCCCGCUCAGCAACAAAGCGCAUAAGAACGUGUCCCCGUGUGACAGUGAAGGAAUUUGCUUCGGUCACAGGCUGGCCUUUCACCGAAGAAGCCCUAAGAAGAGAGAGAGCAGACUCCGCAAUCAUCAUAUCGUUCUGAAAGAGCCUUCCUUUUUGCGCUCUGGGGCACCACCAUUGUAACCAUCCGACGAUUGAAUUAUGCCCAGACAUGCGUCUCUCGCUAAUGAUGCUUCGUGAGUCCAAUCAAUAGCGACCUCGUCGGCAUCGAUGUGUUGUAUGUCAUUGUGUUCGCCAGCCAGCCCUCGGGGUCCCGGAAAGCAGCAGAGUUAUGACGUAGAUGGGCAGAAGCCGACCCGACUUGUCGACUAAUUGACCUGACUUCUCCUGCUGCUGUGCAUUGAGAAUCACCGGAAUGCAUCUUAAUGGAAAACGUUUCAGUAGGAGCCGCUCUGCACGACGGAAAAUUGGCAGCCCCAUGGGAAGUUGAGAAUUCUUGCCUCCAGGAGAAACUUAUCGUCACUUUUACAGAAUCUGAAACAAAGUAUCACGUUGUGAGUCAGUGCCAUAAAUAAAACAACUCUGCAGUGCAAAGUUCGGUGUUCGUUGUUGUUCGCAGUGCAACUGGGCGGAAGAAGCUAUUUUCUGGAAGUGUUUAUAAAUAAAAGAGUGAAGUUUGCAAGCAGCACAAUAUGGCGAAAAAGAAGAAAACACAGCCGCCAACGGUGGUUCCGGCUACCAGCAGCGGUCACUACCACCCCAAUAAUCACAACGAUGGCAAAAAGGGGCACAAAACUCGUGACUCGGACUGCUGCAGCAUAAAUUUCGUUAAAUACGUGCUUCAUAUAUUCAACAUUAUCUUCUUUAUGUCCGGCCUGGUGAUAGUGGGCAUCACGCUGUGGACCGUCUUCUGGAAGCACCACUACAUCUCGCUGCUAUCGACGACAAACUAUGCCAUCGGGACGUAUUCCCUGCUGGCGGCGGGGCUUCUGGCGAUUCUGGGAGGAAUCCUGGGCUGCUGCGGAGUGUGGCGCGAGCAGCGGGCAAUGCUGCUGGGGUACACAUUCAUCCUGCUAUUCGUUUUCCUGCUGGAGGCAAUCGUUGGAGGCCUCGCGUACCUGUACGAAACCCAAAUCGAAAUCGAGCUCCAGCAUAGCCUCAACAGCACCUUCAUGGAGCAGUACGGAGUGAACGAGCGGCAAACGGAAGCCAUCGACCGAAUGCAGCAAGAGUUCGGCUGUUGUGGCGCCGUACGCUUCGAGGAUUGGCGCUACAGCGUGUGGUUACGAUCCCGCCGGAAGGAUCUGCUGCGGCCAACCGAAGGCCGUCGCGUACCGGACUCGUGCUGCAUCAGCAUGACACCAAAGUGUGGCCUCCGGGAUGGGCCGAGCAAUAUUCCCUACACGGGCUGCAUCUACAAGAUGGCCGAUGACCUCAAACAUCACCUCAUCCUGCUGGGUGCGAUCGGGUUGGGGAUUUGCGUUAUCCAAGUGUUCGGCAUGAUACUGUCCUGCUGUCUGUACGUGAAGCUGAAGGAUGUGCUCGAUUGACAAAAGCCAGCGGAUCCAAUAGUCGAACUAAUGGAUCCGCUGCCGGAUAAUAUCAGUCUCAUCUACGGUUACGAGGAUCAGACGAUUUAGGUCGCGAUGGAUGGAUGAAUGAAUGGAUGGUUGAAUGGAUGGACGGAUCAACGAAUAUGCGACCGAAGGGAACAAGCAUUUAUCAGAAGCUUUCUCAAACGGGGAAAGAGAAUAUUGUGCCUGUUAUGUUUCCCAAAAAAAUGUACAUAAGUGAAAUGUUUAGCGCCUUAAAGUUAGAUUUUAUUCUAUUGAAAGAGUAUAUUUCUCGAACAGUUUCUAUAUUUUUGUGUUAAAUUUCAUAGAUGUAUUUAUUUAAUGCAGGGAUAGUUCAGCGUGUAGAUAGUUUUAGAAGCUUAUUAGUCAUUGUUUACAUUUGAACGUUAUAGAAGUAAUUACCAAAAGUAGUGUUUAUAGAAAAUAAUGCGUAGGAAAAUUUGAAUCUGAAUAAAAUGAUUUCGUCGUUUU